CGGGGAAAAAACGAGGAAGCCAUUUUGGUUCCUGUAUACAUGUCGGCACUUUGUCUUCUUCUUCUCUCCUGAAACACACAAAGAAGAGUUUGAGAGGAAGUCAGAGCCCCCGAAGACGGGCGGAGGUCAUCCGACACCCGGCGGACAGGAAGUGGAGACUCUCUGGGCAUCGAAGGCACCGGCCGAGGAGUCAGAGGAGGAACCAGGAUGAGCUCUGACCGAGUGCCGUCCAGGGCCGUGGUGACGGAGUGGAGUCCUCAGCAGCUGGCCGAGUACCUGCACAGGAUAAAUCUCACUGGGUGUGACAAAGUGGUGAUGAAGAACUCCAUCAGCGGGAGGAGGUUUGUGAACCUGAGCGACAACGACCUUCAGAAGUUCCCCAAACUUCACGCUCCGAUGAUCUCAAAGAUCAGCACUGAAAUCAGCAGGAAGGAGGAGAGAAGAGGCCUGUUUGGUAAAAAAUCAACUCCCACAUACCCUGAACCAGACGCGGCUUCUGAUGUUCAGGGUUGGGCUGAGGACGAGUUUGACGAAGAGUUCGACGAUGACUACGAGAGUCCGUACAGUGGCGAUGAAGAUGGAGGCGACGACGACUACGAGUCCCCCAACGAAGACCCGGACUACGAGCCCCCCCCCACCGAGCCCCAGGAGGACCUGGUCCACAAGCUGUGCCCCACCCUCCCCAUUGCAGACAGCGACUACAUAGAUAGCCAUGUGACAUCCAGAGCCCCACCCCCUGCCGUCAGUCCCCGCCCCCCAGCCUCCACCCUCUCUGCACCGCCUCACCGGAUGCCGUCAGAGUCGUCCUCCUCUAGAAGAGACGUGUCCCCCAGCUGUCGGGGGGGGAAUUUGGCUACGGGUCCACCCAGAAUCUUCCGUGGCAACAAACCUGGCCGCGAAUCAGGACCCAACCCGUCGCCCGUCAGAGGGCCUCAUCAUAACUCAGCGGACAAACCCGGCCAACACUCUCGUAGGCCUCAGCUGGACUCCCCUGAACCUCCCACCUGGUCCAAACCACCAGUCCUCCCUCUACCCUCCGUCAGCAGGAGCAACUCGUCCUCCACCCGACCUCCGGCCAACAGGUUUGAUGUGAGGAGAGAGCAAACACAAAACGAAGCUCCUAAACACAACACCUUCCCCCUUCAAAGUAAAAGUCUGCCCCCUCGCCCCGGACUACCGGGACUCCCGUCACAUCAAGGACACAGCAGCUCGCCUCCCAGUGUUCCCACUGCAGGAUCGCUGCCCCACAAGCUGCAGUCCGCGAUGGCCGGACAAAGAAGCAGCUUCGUAGACAAACAGUCGGUUCAACCUUCUCCACCUUCAACAUCACACACAGAGCAGCUGGACCCUCGCUGGUACGUCGGCAAAGUGACCAGAGGUCAGGCAGAGGGGUGUCUGAACCAAGUCAACCAGGACGGGGCCUACCUGGUGAGGGACAGCACCCGACAGCAGGCCAACCAGCCCUUCACCCUCAUGGUCCUCUACCAGGAGAAGGUCUACAACAUCCAGAUCCGACAGCACCACAACAACUUCCUGCUGGGAACCGGACUCAAAGUCCAGGAGUUCUUCCCUUCGGUGAGCGCCAUCGUCGGCCAUUACUCCCAGAGUCCUUUGCUCCUCAUCGACGCCAAGAACAGAAGCUCCGGCCAGCAGAACCAGUGCCUGCUGGCCGAGCCGGUCGGACACCUCAUGGGCCGGCAGCCGUGGUCCUGACCGGGUCCACCGGGUCCACCGGGUCACGGACCAGAACCAGGGGGAAAACAAUAGAACUAGUUUCUCACUUUGUUUCUCUGCUGCUGAGUUUUUAUUUUUGAAAGGUUGAGACGAUAGAUUCUAAUGUUUGUACGAGACGUUGUAUAAACGCUGUAUUUGUACAACGUCAACGUAGAGAGCAGAUUCAAACUAUGAAAUCAAUGGAUGACGCUGAGCUGAAUAAAUCACUUGUUCCAAA